AUGGGGAAAGCCGGACGCGUCGCGUGUAUCUUCACGCCUUAUGUGCUUACGAUCGCAUCUCUGAUCUGUAUUAUUAUGGUCGGAUUGGGCUGCACCAAGGCCAGCUCCAGCACAUUGAAUAACCUGUACUUCAUUCGGCUCGACAUCCAGAACAUCAGCAGUGCCGGGUCCAAAACAACGACGGAAAUCGAGAACAUCCUCAGCGAGCAUGGAAUCACCAGCGUCACCGCGAACGAUGUGUCGGACGUCCUGAGCAAGCUCCAGGAUGACAGCACCCUGAAGGACUUCUACUCCAUCGGUCUCUGGGGUCACUGCGAUGGAGACAUCUCGAACAACAAAUACACCACCGACUCAUGCUCCAAACCCAAGAGCGAGUACUACUUCGACCCGCUCCAGGUCUGGGGCCUGGACAACGACGCCGUAAAGGAUGAGCUGCCCGACGACUACGCCAAGAUCAUGAAUAUCUACAAGGCCGUCUCCAAGUGGAUGUUCAUCGCCUACGUUCUCGCCUUCGUCACCACCAUCGUGGAGAUCCUGGUCGGCAUCUUCGCCAUCUGCAGUCGCUGGGGAAGCUGUGUCACCACCCUCUUCGCCGUCCUCGCCUUCCUGUUCAUCACCGCCGCCUCCAUCACCGCGACCGUCCUCUUCUCCAUCGUGGACUCGACCGCCGGCGGCCUUCUUGACGCCUACGGCAUUACCUUCUCCAUGGGCAAGAACAUGUACGCCGCCACCUGGCUCGCCGUCGUCUUCUCCCUCGCCGGUACCCUCUUCUGGCUCUUCAGCGUGUGCUGCUGCUCCGGCCGCUCGCCCUACAACCACAAGGGCCGUGAACGCCGCGGCGCGGGCAUGGCCGCCGAGAAGGCUCCCUACACGUACGAGCCCCUCGGCGCCGGUGCCGUGCCCUACGGCCACCAGCACACCACCUCGUACCCGCCUCCCGCUGCGAACGAGUACCCCAUGACCAACGCCAAUCACAAUGGUCACACCAACGCAUACGAACCCUUCCGCCACGUCUGA